AUUUUAUCAAUUCAAAUAUUUCAUUCCUAUCUUCUUAACUCACCAAAUUCUUCCGAAAAAAAAAGUCAAAAAUUCAUUUUCCUUUUGUUUUUUUUUUCUUCCAAACUGAUUUUCAUUUUUGAAAUUCGAAAAAUUUUGCAAUGUAAAAAGUAUAAACAUAAACAUCUACUAUUCAAUUCAUGUAUAAAUAUGCAUGACACACAAGCACACACACACACACACACACACACACAGACAUAUUCAUGUUCGUAUGCACACAGACACCUGUUUAUUCAUUCAUUCCAUUCAUUUAUUGUCUCUUUUCCAAUCGAAAAAAAGGUAAAUUCAGGU